AUGACAAAACCUUCGAUUGAAUGCGUGCGACAUAUCUCAGGUGUUACUCUGAUAGGCGACCCACGCUUUGUUCAAGACUUGACCAAACUGGGCGCCCGUUCUCCCGAUGGUCUGAGCUACAGCUUUGAUUCAAGAUCCAAUGGAUAUUCCCGCAGCGAAGGAGUUGUAUUGAUUGUGAUCAAACGUCCUUCAGACGUGGAUCGUGAUGGAGAUACUGUUCGGGCAGUCAUUCACGCCAGUGGAGCGAAUCACGAUGGGCGAACGAAAGGAAUCUUUGCACCAUCUUCCGAGGCCCAAGGAAGGCUUGUACGUGGUACCUACAAGAGUGCGAAUCUCGGGUAUAAAUAUACGUCCUAUGUCAAGGCACAUGGUACUGGACGUCAAAUGAAGCUAGAAAAACGCAAUGGGUUUCAACGAAGCAAUGUAACUAAAGUUCAAUAA